GGUAUCCACCAAUCAGUUUCAAUUACAGCAAGAUGCUCGAUCAGCUGGUGUGUUAAUACAACGGAUGAUCUGCAGAUGUCGUUUGAUAUAACCCUAAAAUUCAAAGUUUAAACGCGAGGGAAAUGUCAGUUGACGAGCAACAUAAAGCAUACAGUGAUUGAUACUUCUCUGUAAGAAGUUGUAAGAAUUUUGUUGUAAUUUUCCGUUUUUAUAUUGCUUUGGAAAACUGUUCGAAUAGUUACAGAUUAAUGUUAACAAGAAAGGAGUAAAUAAUUAGUAAGAAUCCUUAGUGAUUUGAUCUUGAGCGAUAUUGUGAAUACUGAUAAGUGUGUGAGAAAAUACAGAUUUCGUUUACUAAACUUCUAAACCUGAAAUCAAUUUACAAAAAGUGUGAGAUAUAUAAAUAUUGUAUAAUAUACUAUUUUACUUACUAUUGUUUAUAAUGACCAGUGUAAAAAUGUUUAAAAUGCCAACUACAUCUGAGGCGAAUGAAGUUAUACAAAGUACAGUUCAUAAAAUGGUGGAACGUGUCAACAACAGAGGCAAAAGAUAUCAGUGGAGUUUAGACGAUUUUGAAAUUGGAUCGCCUCUAGGAAGGGGAAAAUUUGGACGUGUAUAUUUAGCUAGAGAAAAAACUACACAAUACAUGGUUGCCCUAAAGACACUGUAUAAAGUUGAAUUGGUAAAGGGGCGUGUGGAGAAGCAAGUAAUGCGAGAAAUUGAGAUACAGACACAUUUAAGACAUCCACAUAUUCUUCAAUUGUUAACAUAUUUUCACGACAAUAAGAGAAUCUAUCUAGUGUUGGAAUUUGCCGCGAGAGGUGAAUUGUAUAAGGAACUGAAACGUCAACCGAAUGAAAGAUUUAACGAACACUUGUCCGCUAAGUAUACUUACCAGGUGGCUGACGCUUUGGAAUAUUGUCACAAAAACAAUGUGAUUCACAGAGAUAUAAAGCCGGAGAACUUAUUGCUUACAUAUAACGGAGAUAUAAAGCUCGCAGAUUUUGGAUGGUCUGUGCACGCACCAUCCAAUAAGCGGGACACAUUGUGUGGAACGUUAGAUUAUCUACCACCAGAAAUGGUAAUGGGACAAUCUUAUGACAUCUAUGUUGACCAUUGGUGCCUGGGAAUUCUCUGUUACGAGUUCCUCACGGGACAGCCACCCUUCUUAAGCGGAUCCACGCAAGAAACUUACGCGAAGAUAAGAGCUAUAAAUAUACAGUGGCCAGAACAGAUUAAACCUGGCGCCAAAGAUCUUAUAUCCAAGGUAACAUUUAUGCUCUGAUCAAAAAGAAGAGCUCAGAGCGAAUUUCCAUGGCCGCGGUUAAGAGACAUCCCUGGAUAUUAGAGCACAAAACUUUGCCUAAACCACAAGCUUAAGCUAAGCAGGGACAACAUUAUUUCUCGUUCAUUUUAUAUUUUAUGUAUUUAAUGCUGAUGCUUUUAUUAUAAUUCCAUAAAUACAGUAUCAAAGUAUCAAUUA